CACUUUAAUAAUUCAGGAGAGAUUGCCUUUGCCAGUUACAUACAUUUCUACCUUCAUUCUCCUAUGCUUUUGCUUUCUCAAAGAAAAAUCAGACCACUUCAUAAGUUUCACAGUUUUUGCUCUGCACUUGGUUCAGUGUUUCCAUUUGUCCUGCAACUUCCUGCUGGUUUUAAUUCUUUGGAAAACAAACUAAUUCUAUUCGCAUUCCUGCUCCGGUGUCCCAAGGGAAGGAUUUGAAGAGCUAUUAGCUUCAUUUGUAAUCAACGAAAAAGGAUAAGCAUGGAGAUUCUUGCUGCAAUUGCUGGAAAACUUGCCGAGUACUCAGUUGCACCAAUUGGACUCCAAGUGGGUUAUCUAGCUCACUACAAAAGCAACCAUCAAAAGCUGCAGACCAAAUUGAAGGAAUUAAUUGCUGUCAGAGAUGGGGUUCAACAUAAGGUUGAUCAUGUUGAGAGAGAAGGUAAAAGAGUCGAGGCUACUGUUCUGAACUGGAAGGCAAGAGUGAAUGCAAUCAUCACAGAGGCAGAGGAAUUCCUGAAAGACGGCCGCCACGCGCAAACCGAGUGUCUUCAUGGUUUUUGUCCUCAUUUGGUGCUCCGUUAUCGACUAAGCAGGAAAUCAACAAAAUUGGCGGAGGAGAUUGAUGAACUUGAUCAAAAAAAGGAGUUCCCCAACUUUGCAUAUGAUGUUACUCCACAAGAGGUAUUUCUCGUAUCUACCGGGCAUUACAGUACAUUUGAUUCAAGGAAUUCAAUUGUGAUGAGAGUCAUGGAGGAACUGAGAAAUCCUAAUACAGAAAUGAUUCUGGUAUGGGGAAUCGGUGGAGUAGGGAAGACCACACUCGUGGAAGAAGUUCUUAGGAAAGCUAAGGAUGACAACUUAUUUGAUGAUGUGGUGAUGGUGAGAGAUGUUAAAGAGAACCCAGACCUUGAAAAAAUCCAAAAAGAAAUUGCCACAAAGUUAGGUAUGAGCAUCAACGAAAAUCAGACUCUCGCUGAAAGAGCCCCCUCUCUGUGUACUAGGAUAAAAGAAAAAAGGACUCUUGUAGUUUUGGAUGACGUUUGGGAAAAAAUUGAUCUGGUGGCUGUCGGAGUUCCCCGCCUGGCUACCUGUAAAGUAGUGCUGACAUGUAGAAGCCGAAAGGAAUUAUCCUUGGAUAGGCGUACACAAACAGAUAUUUCACUGGAUGUUUUAAAUGAAGAGGAAACCUGGAGUCUAUUUGAGAAGAUGGCUGGUGAUGUUGUCAAAGAUAGCCGCAUAAGAAGCAUAGCAAUUGAAAUAGCCAAAAAAUGUGGAGGUUUGCCGGUCUUGAUCGUUACGGUUGCAAGAGCUCUAAAAGACAGAAACAAGUUGCAUCAUUGGAAUGACACCUUGAGACGUCUUAGAGGCUUUGACAACAAAGAAUUGAUGGAAAAAACAUACUCAGCUCUGGAGUGGAGUUACGAUCAGUUGGAAGAUAAAGAGCUUAAGCCUUUGUUCUUGCUUUGUGGGAUUAUUGUAGUUAAGAACCAUAUUUAUUUGGCAGACUUGUUGAAAUAUGGUUUUGGUUUGGAUUUGAUUAAAAAUGUCAAUAAAAUAGAAGAUGCACGAGAGGCAUUGUAUACACUCGUUGACAAGCUCAAAGACUCUUGCUUGUUGCUGGACAGUGAUAUCUAUAUGCAUGUUAGAAUGCAUGAUCUCGUAUGUGAGGUUGCUACCCAGAUUGCAUACAGAGAACACCACGUCUUAUCUGUUGGAUAUGGUGGUGAAUUGAAAGAAUGGCCAGAGAAAGAUUUCUUUGAAAGGUGCAGUAAGAUGUCUUUAAAAUCCAGCAAUAUUCCCAUGCUUUCUGAAGUACCAUGGAAAUGCCCGAAAAUAGAGAUGUUUCAUUUGUAUAGAAAAGCAGGCCUGGGUGAUGCAUGGGUGGGAAUCCCAGCCAACUUUUUUAGUGAAAUGGAGAAACUGAAAGUGUUGGGUUUAACAAAAGUGCAUGUGGUGUCACUAUUCUCAUCUCUUCAGUUCUUGAAGAAUCUUCAGACAUUGUGUUUAGAAGAAUGCCUGCUGGGGGAAGAGAAUCAAGAGAUAGCUCUGGUUGGACAUCUAUGUAACUUGGAGAUUCUUAGCUUUGCGCGGUCCAACAUCAAACAGCUACCUGAAGAAAUAGGGCAAUUGAUUCGAUUGAGAUGGUUGGAUUUGAGUGAAUGUGAUGAACUUGAAGUGAUUUCACCUGGUGUUAUUUCAAGGUUGGAAAGACUAGAAGACUUAUCACUGAGAAACGUCUAUCUCAAAUGGGAGGCUGAAAGGGGAGGAAGUAAUGCUAGUCUUUUAGAGCUAAAAGACUUGUCUCAACUAACUGCAUUGGAGAUAUAUAUUGAAGAUGCAAAUAUUCUUCCAUCAUACUUGUUCUCCAGUAGGUUGGUAAGAUACCAAAUAUAUAUUGGCGAUGUUUGGAAUAGUUGGGGGAAGACUAUGGCUGAAACGACCCUCAACACGCUAAAACUGAAGCUCGCUCCCAGCGAUGAAUUGGACCACGGUAUAAAAACAUUGUUGAAGAAAUCUGAAGAUUUGUCUUUGGAUGGAACAGAGAGUGUUAAAAGUAUUGCCCGUCAAUUACAUGUUGAAGAUUUUCAGCGACUGAUACACCUCCGUCUCCAAAAUAAUGUUGAUUUCACCUAUAUCAUUAAUAGGAAGGUUGUGUUCCCCAACUUAACAACCUUGAGCAUAUGGAACUGUGAUCAUCUAAGUUUCUUGUUCUCAUUUUCUAUGGCUCAAAGUCUGGUAGAGCUCAAACAUCUUGAAGUAUCCAGAUGUGCAAUAAUGGAAGUGAUAAUAUCAUCAAGAGAUCAACCUAAUGGAGAAAAUAUCGAUAUCGUGUUCCGUAAGUUGGAAAGUCUAACAUUAAAGCAACUUCCAAACCUCGAUAGAUUUUGUACUGAAAGUUGUACUGAAUUUUCUUCCGUGAUGAAAUUUGAUGCCGAACUGGGGGCAUCCAUCUUUGAUCCUACGAGUAGUAAAAAACUUGAUGUCAAGAAUGGGACUGCUAUACGAGCAUGUCUUUUUGACCCACAGGUUGUGUUCCCCAACUUAACAACCUUGAGCAUAUGGAACUGUGAUCAUCUAAGUUUCUUGUUCUCAUUUUCUAUGGCUCAAAGUCUGGUGGAGCUCAAACAUCUUGAAGUAUCCGGAUGUGCAAUAAUGGAAGCAAUAAUAUCAUCAAGAGAUCAACCUAAUGGAGAAAAUAUCGAUAUCGUGUUCCGUAAGUUGGAAAGUCUAACAUUAAAGCAACUUCCAAACCUCGAUAGAUUCUGUACUGAAAGUUGUACUGAAUUUUCUUCCGUGAUGAAAUUUGAUGCCGAGCUGGGGGCAUCCAUCUUUGAUCCUAUGAGUAGUAAAAAACUUGAUGUCGAGAAUGGGACUGCUAUACGAGCAUGUCUUUUUGACCCACAGGUAAAAUUUCCGAGCUUGGAGAGACUGAAAAUCGAUGGGCUAGGGAAGUUGCACACGCUAUGGAACAAUAAAUUUGCUGAUCAAGACUCUUUUUGCCAACUCAAAGAAGUUGAAGUUUCAAAUUGCAACAGUCUGAAAAAGAUCUUUCCAGUCUCAGUAGCCAGACGUCUCCAAAAGCUACAUUCGCUGUAUGUGAUAGGGUGUGAUGAAGUGGAGGAAAUCAUUACUGGUGAACAAGGACUAGAAACAGAGUCUCCUCAUUUAGUGUUUCCAAAAGUAACACAUGUGGGAUUUCUCUAUCUUCCCAAACUGAGUAGAUUCUAUCCUGGGAUUAUUGCUUCCAAGUGGCCGUUACUCAAACAACUAAACAUUUAUGGAUGUGGGAAAAUGAAGAUGUUUGCCGCAGAACUUCCAAUUUCUUCAGAAAGACAUGAGCCGAACCCUCUAAUUGAACAAUCUCUCUUUCUAAUUGACAAGGAUUCAUUCCCCAAUUUAGAAUUCUUGAAGCUAGAUGUUGCGGGUGAGAUUUGGUACGGUCCAUCAUCAGCACAGUUCUUUCCCAAAUUAAAAACUAUUCGGUUUUACAACUGGGCACGGUUCUCCAAGCAAGCCGCAAUACAUUUCCUUGAGAAAUUACCGAAUCUUGAGGAGAUAGCAAUUACCGAUGAUGUUUCCACGGAAAUAUUUGUGAAUGAAGAAAUUAAUGGCGGUGAGGAGAUACGUGCAGUAAAAACUUUGAGGGUCUAUAGGAUGCCCAAGCUCUUGCAAUUAGGGAAUGGGAACUCUCAAACAGCGGGCCCACUUUUCCCAAACUUGGUCACUCUUCAUGUGUCUUGGUGUAACAUGUUAAGGAGUGUAGAGUCAUCCGCAAUAUCCUUCCGCAAUCUAACAACUCUGGAAGUAGUUGAUUGUGAUGGAUUGGAAUACUUGACAAGUUAUUCCGUAGCUAAGAGCUUAAUGCAACUGACAACACUGCAUGUGAGCUUUUGUAUUGGCCUGAGAGCAAUUAUAGGGGCAAGCAACGAAGAUGAUCAUGAUACAGGAGCAACUUGUGAGAUUGCUUUCACCCGGUUGCAACAUUUGUCACUUUAUCGUCUACCAAGCCUGCAAGGCUUUUGCUCGGGAAAUUGCAUUGUCAAACUCCCAUCCUCAACAGAGUUACAUGUCAGUUACUGCCCGAUUGAGUUGAAGAUUUCUUCUGAAGGGGUCCUGCUCAGUAAUCGAAAACCAGAAAGAGUAGAAAUAGCAAAACCAGAAAUAGCGGAGGAGGUAGAUGAUAAUGGUGACGGAGAAAAAGAAAAAGAUGAGGAUGUUGGCACGAGACAUUGAAGAUAGACAAGAAUAAAAAACCGAAACCCACACAAAAUUUCGACUCUUAAAAUCGCAACUCCGGCGAGUAGAA